AUGCCAAGGAACUCGGGUCAGAUGGACACUCAGUACGUGCUCUCAAGAGCGGCAUCGUACGAUGAGUUUGAUGAGAGAAGUGCUGCCGAGACAAUCUGCAGCUGGGGGAAGAAAAAUGGUGGCUUGGACGGUUAUGUACGUUUAGAGGUUGGAUUUGAGGUGGUUAUAUGCGAUUUUCACGAAAAGCUUCACCUUGUUUCUAAUGUUACCUUGACGAACGUAACAAACACACUCCAUUUUCCCCCAGAGCAUUUUGACAACGUUUCUAUUGUGACAGAUCCGCUUAAUAUUCGUAGAUCUUCUGUUAUCGAUGGUCUUGAGGCAAGAGCUGGAUUCGAUUUUUUGCAGGCUGGAGCCCGAGUUUACGAUGGAGAUGCUAGAAUUUUACUUGACUUUUCGAAGUUUGUGACCCCGAUUGGGAAGACUUAUAUCGAUCCGGAUCCAUACAAACGUAGGAUAUACAAUAUGUCGACUGAUUUGAAGGAGAGUUUGAUAGGAGAGGUUUCCGAUGCUCUUUCCACGCCGAAUAAUCAUAAUCCCUAUUUGACGACAGAUUGGAGGCGGGCCACUGAGAGUAUUGAGAAGAAAUUUGGCCCGUUGCUCCUGAGCUUGAAUAAUAGUUUUACGCUAUACGAGAGUCAUAAGGAUCACGGUGUCUUAGGCUCUAAUCUUACCACCUAUAGCUUUAACUUUAUUAGGCGUUAUCUCAGCGAGCCUGUUUAUGACCUUACCCCGUCUUCCAGAAAGAUGGCCAUCUGGGAUUAUGCGCAUCCUUACCAGCCACUGAGCACUAACCAAGAACUUCUGAUUUUUAGUGCCAUUGCCGUCGUUCAAACGAGAAUAGUGGACACGAUGAAUUCCAUUUUCCAACUUGGAAGGUCUCUUCUUACUGUUUACCAAGGAGGGGACGUUGCCUUUGAGAAUGUAGAGCAGCUCAUUAUGAGCAAUAAGAAGAGAGUGAAAAAUCUACUCAACGAACUAAAUUGGCCGGUGAUUUACGGUUGCCGAAAGACAUGCAAUGCAGACGAAAUAUGCUUUGUGCCGACUUGGGGGCCUUCGCCUUUGGGUUGGGGUGGACAGGGUACUGGAUUUUAUGAAGGAGUAGAUGGGGUUACGAGGGUCGGUAGAGAUUUCACCUGCGUUAGCUAUCGGACACUUCUUUGA